CUAAAAAGAUGGUGCCCUAACUUUGACACUACGUUCACAUCUACCUUAUGAUUACCAGAUGUUUUGUGUAAAGACCGUGCCAGCCUCGACGUGGGCAAACGCAGUGAAUCACUUCAGGCGAUUAUUAUCCAACCGAAGGCUUCGGUCCAUCGUCACCUCCAGCUCAACGAACCGGCCUGAGAAGGCGGACCAUGCCAGAACCCGGAGCGGAGUUCAGCGUGCGUCGGCUCGGUUGCAGUCUCCUGGGGAGUGUGGGAGAGCAGAGAGAGACCGCACCAUCUCUUCCUCCGCCGCCAACAAGUUCUCCGUAGACUUUGAGCGAGGCCAGGAGGCUUACAGGAGCAAAGACUCAUUAGAGCUACUCAGAAGUUUGGUGGUUUUAAAACUUUGUUCCUAUGACUUCCUGGUUGAUAACAACAAAGAGAUUAUGGAUCUUAGUAAGAAAAUUCUGGGCCAGAAGGUUUUUGAUCAGUUCAUGAAGAUGACCUUUUAUGGCCAGUUUGUUGCUGGGGAAGAUCACAUAUCCAUCAAACCUCUGAUCCAGAAGAACCAGGCUUUUGGUGUUGGCUCUGUCCUGGACUACAGUGUUGAGGAGGACAUCAGUCAGAACGAAGCACACCAGAAAGAGAUGGACUCAUUCAUUUCCGCUGCAGGGAAUGAGAGCAUAGGCAAGGACUACAGAGAGAAAAACUACGAAGCAGGCAAGCAGUUAGGCGACAGUCAAGAUGAAGUGAUCGGAGCCUGCACCUAUUUCCAUGCUGAUGAGGCCAAAUGUGACCAGCAUAUGGAAACCUUUAUGAAGUGUAUCAAAUCAUCCAGUGAGAGCUCCAUGAAUGGCUUUUCUGCAAUCAAAAUGACUGCACUAGGACGACCCCAGCUUCUGCUCCAGUUUUCUGAGGUCCUCGUGAAAUGGCAACAAUUUUUCACAUUCCUCGCAUCACAGCAGGGUAGAGAUGGCAUGGAGGCCUUGGCGCAGAAGCUGGAGCUGACGCAGCUGCAGGAAUUGAUGAUCAGACUGGGUACAAAAGCUGACUUCCAAGACUGCCUUUCUGGAAAGAAAGGAGAAUCAACAGGAUGCAUUGACAUCCUUGACUGGAUUAGUCUAAUAGAUGACAGAGUGUGGAUACCAGACCUGCUUUUUGUUCCAAACGUAAAGCUGGGUGAACUGGAGCCUUUGCUGAAAAAUUUCACAGCUGAGGAUGAGAAUCAGUUAAAGAGGACAUUGCAGCGCCUUGAUGUACUGGCAAAGUGUGCCUUAGAAAAUGGUGUUCGCUUGAUGGUGGAUGCAGAGCAAACCUAUUUCCAGCCAGCUAUCAGCAAACUGACACUGGAUUUACAGAGGAUCUACAACAGAGAGAAGCCUAUUGUUUUCAACACCUACCAGUGCUACCUAAAGGAAGCCUAUAAAAAUGUAACUAUGGAUAUAGAACUGUCUAAAAAGGAGGGUUGGUGUUUUGCUGCUAAGCUUGUGCGUGGAGCAUACAUGUAUCAGGAGCGAGAGCGAGCAAAGGAGUUGCAGUACGAGGACCCUAUUAACCCUGACUAUGAGUCUACCAGCAGGAUGUACCACAGGUGCUUGCGCUACGUGCUGGACGAGAUUGCUCUUAACAGAAAGGCCAAUGUUAUGGUUGCUUCUCAUAAUGAGGAUACAAUUAAACACACCCUAAUAAGAAUGAACGAGCUGGGUCUCUUACCAACAGAGAACAAGGUGUUCUUUGGUCAACUACUGGGCAUGUGUGAUCAGAUCAGCUUCCCACUGGGCCUAGCAGGUUUCUCCGUCUACAAGUAUGUCCCCUACGGGCCGGUGAGUGAGGUGAUGCCCUACUUGUCCCGACGAGCACAAGAGAACCGAGGCUUCAUGAAAGGUGCCCAAAAAGAGAGAGAGCUGCUGUGGAAGGAGUUGAAACGUAGACUUCUCUCUGGGGAGCUUCUCUACAGACCGAUAUACUGAAAACACAGAAGCAGAGACUGAAAGGAGAGGUUGUCAGCUUCUUUUUUUAGCAGCAGUCGCCAUCAACCAUUCUCUCCAGCUUGAUGGCUACUGCUGCAGCUAUCUGCUCCAUCUCUCCCUCUGUGCAUGUCCUGUUUUACCAUGUCCUAUAGUUUUUCCUUUUUUUUGCACAUGCACUGCAUGGAGCUUUAUUAUUUUCACACACCUUCGACCCAUCCAAGUGCUGCUGCUGUUUCCUAUUUCUUUUUUUAUCCACCACCACAACUAGCAGCAUUCUUCAUUUUUGUUGUUCUGCUAUCUGUAGAGCUCUGGUAUCCAUCAAGUGGGCAGCUUUACUGCUCCAAAAGGACUCCCUAAAAUGUCAACAACACUAGGGUGGGCCUCCUUCUUUAUUACUCCAUUUAUCUUUGAGGGGGAAGACAAUAAUAAAAACAACAAACUAGUUUUAAAUGGCA